AUGAACUUCAAUAUUUCUAUUCAACUGUUCUUAUUUUUUAUUCUUUUUAACUCUAUUUCUUAUGUUUAUUCAGCAUCGAGUUCAUCAGUUUUUGCUAGUUCACUUAAAUAUACAAAUCGUAAAUUUGAUAAAACAACAGCUAAUCGAAAAAGUAAAGGUGCAACAUUUGGAAAUGAUAUCGAAAUAGAUGAUGAUGGAACACUUCAAUUUAAUUCAGAUGAAUCUCGAUUACGUUCAAUAUUACUUGAAAGUUAUGUACCUGAAGCACGACCAGUUAUUAAUACAACAACAGUAACUAUUGUCGAUGUUGGUCUUACCAUCAUUCAAGUGAUGAAUUUAGAUGAACAAAAUCAAGUAAUGACAACAAAUGUUCAAGUUAUAUUAAAAUGGCAAGAUGAACAUUUACGAUGGAUACCAAGUGAAUAUAAUGAUCAAAAUCGUACAGUUUUUUCUGCACUUGAAAUUUGGACACCAGACAUUGUUCUAUUCAAUUCAGCUGAUGUUGCUUAUUCUCAACGACGUGAACAUUAUUUAUUAACUGUUCAUUGGAAUGGUACAGUUGAAUGGGUCUAUCCAGAUGUAUUUCGAUCUUAUUGUGAUGUUGUUAUAACAUAUUUUCCAUUUGAUAAACAAAAUUGUACACUUGAAAUUCAAUCAUGGUCACGUCCAUCGGAUGAAUUAUUAGUUCGACAUCAACCACAAAAUGUUCGUCAACAAAGUCAAUAUAUUCGUACAGAAUGGCAAGUUUAUGAAAUUGUUGUACAAAAUGCUACCAUGAAUCGUUAUUUAUGGCUUGUAUUUCAUAUACAUAUGAAACGUAAUUAUCAAUUCUAUGUUAAUCAUAUGAUAUUUCCAUUUUCAAUCUUAUCUUGUUUAACAUUAUUUGUUUUUUGGCUUCCACCGGAUUCAGGUGAAAAAAUUACAUUAACAAUUACAAUUCUUCUUGCUUUAACAGUUUUUCUUCAACUUAUUUCUGAUUAUACGCCAAAAGCUUCUUCAAAUCUUCCUAUUAUUGGUAUAUAUUUUAAUGCCAAUUUAAUACUGGUGCUUAUUUCUGUUGUUCUUACAGUUGUCGUACUUAAUUUUCAUUAUCGUGGACCGAAAAAAUCACGUGUACCUCGUUGGUGUCGUCGUAUAGUAAUGGGUAAAAUUGGUCAUUGGCUUGGUUUUCAUUUUAUUAGUUAUGAACAAUUACUUUCUCCAUCAACUUCUACUAAAUCUUUUCCACGACGUUCUACUGAUCGUCAAGAUAAUUCAAAUGGUGACAUUGGUCGAAAUAAUAAACAUAGUAAAGUUAAAUUACCUCUUCUUUCAAAAACAACAACAAAAACAACAAGUGAUGAUGAUGGUGACAAAGAUGACAUUACUCAUACAUCAAUUCAACAACAUUCAUUAACACAUAAUAUUGAACAAAUAUUACUUAAAAUGCAAACACAAUUUGAUCCAAGUAGAAUCGAUGAUGAACAAUUAAAAGUUUCUAUAUUACGUGAAAUACUUGAAUGUCAACGUUUACUUUUAUCAAUACAUGCAAGAAAACAAAAUAUUGAUUCACAAUUAUUAUAUGAUAUAUAUGAAGAAUGGAAAAUUUUAGCUAUUAUUGUUGAUCGAAUUUGUUUUAUAUUUUAUCUUAUUAGUAUGCUUGCUGCAUCAAUUAUUUUCUUUGUACGAGAACCAAUUUUGAAUCGAAAUGGAUAA